UGGGCGCGCACCCGGGAGGGGGCAGCCCUCGUCGCCGCGCUCCCUCGGAAGCUUCCCUUCUUGAGCGUCUCUCCCGAGUCGGGGCCGCGCUCCGGUGCCAGGUACCGGGCACGGUUUGAGGUGUGUUACCCAGGACGCCGAUGGUUGUCACCACAGAAGACACCCAGCAACACCCAUUGCUCCUGCUGCUCCUCGGGGCCAAACCCAAGGGCAGGCUUCAUGCCUCCCGGGGGUGGGGAAGGCCUGGCACUUGUGUCACCACCAAAUGAGUCAGGAACAAGGCAAGGAAGUCUGCUUUCACCAUUCUGUACUCUGUACAAGAAGUCCCUGUCAGUGCAGUGAGGCAACAGAAAGAGAUAUAAGGCAUAAAGAUUGAAAAGGAAUGAAUGAGUUAAAAUGUGUCAUCCUGAGUGCCAGAGAUCAGUCAAGGCAGCACCACCUGGACCUGGUUUGCAGACUAGAAGGCAGGAUUUGUGAAGCAGCGUCACUUCCUAAUUGCAAGAACACAUUCCUGCAUACCCCUUUGAAAAGCCAAGGUGAGGCAACUCCAGAGGACUUAGUGCUGGGUGGCUUUCUGUGGUCUGGCUCUGGCCUAAGGAUACCAGGACACGCCUCACAUGACCCUCCCUCCAGCUCAUCCCUUGCCCUUCAGUCAGCAGGUAGUGAGGCUCCUUGACCUACCCCACUGAUGAUGAAGACUUGGGGAAGACUGUGAUUUUAAUGGAACCCGACAAAGCUAUACGCCUUGGGGAUCAUCUGGAAUCCUCUCCCUUGAGGGUGAUUUGGCCAUGAUUUCCACAAGAGUGAUGGACAUUAAGCUUCGGGAGGCUGCAGAAGGACUUGGAGAAGACAGCACAGGGAAGAAAAAAUCCAAGUUCAAAACAUUUAAGAAGUUCUUCGGGAAGAAGAAGAGAAAGGAGUCACCCUCUUCCACAGGAAGUAGCACCUGGAAACAAAGCCAGGCGAAGAGUGAGGUCAUUCCCAUUGAGGCCGGGCCAGUGGGCUACGACUCAGAGGAUGAGCUGGAGGAAUCCAGGGGUGCACUGGGUAGCCGGGCCCUUUCACAUGACAGCAUUUUCAUCCCCGAGUCUGGACAGGACCCUCCUCGACCUGUGCGGGUGUUUUCCCAAGAAAAUGUGUGUGACCGCAUUAAAGCUCUGCAGUUAAAAAUACAGUGUAAUGUGAAAAUGGGGCCACCACCUCCUCCCGGGAGCCUUCCUGCCAAGCGGGGAGAUGAUGCCGGCAUGAGCUCUGAGGACGACGGGCUGCCCAGGAGCCCCCCUGAGAUGUCUCUGCUGCAUGACGUGGGUGCUGGCACCACCAUAAAGGUCUCUCUUGUUUCCUCAUCCCGGUUGCUGUCUCCAAACCCACAGUUCUCCAGGCAGCUGAGUGAAGCCGCCGUCUCCCUAAGGACCUUGGACAGCAGCAUGGCACCCCUGGCUGAUUUUGAUUACCCCCCGGAAUUCUCUUCCUGCCUGGACAACUCUGCUGCUAAGCACAAGCUCCUGGUUAAACCCCGCAACCAGCGGUCAAGUAAAAUGAGGCGACUGUCUUCGCGAGCACAGUCUGAAUCCUUGAGUGACCUGACGUGUACCCCAGAGGAGGAGGAAUAUGAUGCGAAGCCAUUACUCCAAGCCAGUGCAGAAGAAAAGCCCAGUUCCGUACAGCAGGAUGUGGUACUGGAGAGAGGCCCUGCGCCUGGGGAAGUGGUGACCACGCUGCUGCCCAUAGGGCCUCGGGCUAGAAGGGCACGCCUGCAGCACUGCCCAGCACUCAGGGCCAGUGCUGAGGAGGAGGGCACCCUUGGGGACAGCCCCUCCAGUCGCCCGGUCACCCCAGAGGCCUCUGAGCCUGUGGAUCCCUGCUCAGAGUCUUCAUCUCUGCCAGAAGGCUCCCUGCAUCCUCAUCCUAACAGUGAAAAUCAGAGGGAGGAGCCGUCCCUUGAAAUCGCAUGCUCCCCAGCUGGGGACACAGUUGAUGAAGUGGCAUGUGCUUCUGGAGACGCUGAGAGUCAGUCCUCUUCCUGCAUCCCUGAGGGGAACAUGACACCUCCCGAGACUGGUUCCACCACCACCUUGGAGAUUUCCUCUAGUCCAGACAUGCCAGACCAAAAUGUCCAAAAGGAAGAGGAGCUGACACUGGAAGUUCCCAGUCCCGAGGGAACAGAGAAAGAAUCUUCUGUCACCCCAGCUGGGAGCCCAGCAAUCCCCAAGAGCUGCUUGAAGCACAAGGCUGUGGCGGUGACCGUGACCGUGAGCCCCAGCACAUCUCCCACACCACCCACCUUAGAGUCCCCAACAAAGGAGCCCGCUCCCUAUCCCCUGGAUAAAGAGGCCACCUCCCCAGAGUCUUCCAAGGAUGAGCAGACAAAGUCCCCCAAGACUGAGCAGGUAGAGUCCCCUCAAGAGGAACUUGAGAGGGCGACCCCAGAACCAAAAAUGGAAAGAGGGGCCAGUGAGCUGCGAAGUGUGAAAAAAUUUUCUGUGACCUCAGGCCGGGUGUGGCCGCACCAGGGGAGCACCCACCUGCUUGAGCACUCAGGCCCCUCCACUGUCCGACUGCCCCUUGUGCGGAGCAGCCUGGCCUGGAGGAGCGAGGCAGCAAUUGAUGACCUUCGGGUACUUCCUGAAUCCCAGGACAGGAAGCUGGCCCCUCAGAAACCACCCUCACCAGUUGAGGGCAGCUCUCAGGACUCAGGAGAUAAGGUAGCCAGCCAGCCUGGGCCAGGCAGAAGCCCCCGAAAUGCACUGUCCACGCCAGGCUUGCGAGACCCAUGCCCAGCUGUUCAGGAGCCUCCCACAUGUGAGGAUAGAAGCUCCUUCCCUGUCAAGCUCCGGUCCACUUCUCUUUCUUUCAAACACAGAGAUGUGUCUUCUCCGGAGGCGAAAGGAGUAAAGAGAUACAGUGCUGAGGUCAGGUUAGAAAAAGGAGGACUGACUUUGCUCUCAAAAGACGAGAAAUGUCAGAUGGGGAAAACCCCAGUCACUCGAGGUGCCAGGUCCCCGAAAGACCAAAGAAAGGGAAAGGCCCGGCCAUUGGAGCCGCACAGCUCCAAACCACCUCUGCCUAGAAAGCCGCUUCUGCAGACCCUCACCCUGCCACACAUGCCUACAUCCCCUGACAUAAGCUCAGAAGAGCCACCAGAGAAAGUCACACCGCCACCAGACCCCAGAAAGGAGAGUCGGACAGCAGAGAAAAAGUCACCACACAGGGGAACUGAGAAGGGCCUGCCUCCUGCAGCUGCAGGCCCUGGAGCUGACAGCCAGCCUGCGCCACCUUGGAUCACUGUCACUCGGCAGAAGCGGCGAGGAGCCCAAGACCAACCACCCGACCAGGAAGAAAAGCCGGGGGUGAGGCCUCUGAGGUCUGAAAUAGGGAAGCAAGCCAAGGUGCCCGAGAGAGCCCAGGAGCCCAUGAAACAAGCUGAUUUUGUUCGAAGCAAGUCUUUCCUGAUGACUCCUGCUAAGCCCACUGGGGACCCGAGGCAGGAGACAAAGAUUCGCCUCCAGGAGGGUCUUCAAAGAGGGAUCUCCUUGUCUCAUCAGAACCUGGCGGCUCAGUCUGCUGUGAUGACAGAGAAAGAAUUGCAUCAGCUGAAGAGAGCCAGUUAUGCCAGUGCAGAUCAGCCAUCCUGGAUGGAACUUGCCAGAAAGAAAUCUCAAGCUUGGAGUGACAUGCCCCAAAUUAUAAAAUAAGUUGACUGUGUACUAAUAAAGAACGUCCACCACCUUGAUGGGUUACCUACUUAAAAACUGCCACUAAAUAAGGCAAAUGAAUGUGAAAUUUAAGAGUGACUUUAAUCAUCAAGCGAGGGGAGAGCAAGCUAGGAGAAGAGGAAGGAACUAGGCAAAUAAAGAAGACAGACUCCCAGCCACAGCCCUGGGCCAGAGACCCAGAACAUAAGAACACCAUUGAACAGAGCCAGGAACAAGGUCCUGUGCUAAAAGGUAUGAAUGUGAGUCUUUCAGAAUUCCCUUGAUGAAGAGGGCUUGGGCAAGGAAGAAAAUGAAACUUGGAUGCAUAAACAGGACACUGUCAAAAGCCCAGAGAGAAGUUGUUCCAGGGGAACGUGGAUCUGCACUUGCACACAAAAGCGACUCAUCUCUGGUCAUUAUCUGGCUUUGGAGCCUGUCUUCUCCUUUCACGUUUACUGUUAGGCAUGAUGUUUAGGGUAAAACAGGGAUGCCGUUUCCAAGAGCAGCUAUAAAAAAAUCAGUUUUCCUGAGGAUAGCCACUCUAAGAAGGCACAGAAGGAACACAGCAGGGUUCAUCAAUUCAGAGACUGUUCCCAAAAAUAAUUUUUAAACUUUUCCACAAGGCAUCUGUGUCUUUAGCCAUUGCGCAAUGCAUUGCCUGUUCAAUAAAAAGUUUUA